AUGAGCACGUUAGAGGUCAGUCGUUGGCGUAGCUUUUUGUUUAGUGAGUCUAGUACGGCCUUUUGGGCCGGAGGUGCUGCAGGGGCUGUGUCAAGAACGGUGGUUUCGCCGUUUGAAAGAGUCAAGAUCUUAUUGCAGGUGCAGAGCUCUACCCAGGCAUAUAACCAGGGCAUUUUUGGUGCGGUCAAACAAAUCCAUACCGAAGAAGGAAUACCCGGGCUGCUGCGUGGAAAUGGACUCAAUUGCAUUCGGAUCUUUCCUUACAGCGCGGUGCAGUUUGUGGUGUACGAGUUUUGCAAGCGGCAGUGGUUCAAACUCAGAGAAUUCCCUCAAGACGGUCCACUACAGCUGUACGGAUGGCAAAGACUGACCAGCGGUGCUGCGUGUGGUUUUUGCAGCGUCCUGGCUACAUAUCCGCUGGAUUUGGUACGCACUCGUUUAUCAAUUCAAACAGCCAACUUGAAAAACCUCCAGUCUGCAGCUACCGCCAAGACCACCAUCGUUCGACCACCUGGCGUUUGGAGACUUCUGGUCACCACUUACACGCAAGAAGGUGGAAUUGCAGGUUUAUACCGUGGAUUUUGGCCCACUAGCAUUGGCGUGGUGCCAUACGUUAGUUUAAAUUUCACCGUUUACGAACAGCUUCGUGAGCUUAUCCCGACCGGAGUUGAUCCAACUUGGGCCACAAUUUACAAGUUGUCAAUUGGUGCUGUAAGUGGAGGUGUUGCCCAGACUAUCACGUACCCGUUCGAUCUGUUAAGACGACGUUUCCAGGUUCUCGCCAUGAACCAAAAUGCGUUGGGGUAUCGUUACACGGGCAUUCUCGAUGCUCUUCGAACCAUAGGACGGACCGAAGGGUUCAAAGGCUAUUACAAAGGGCUGACCGCUAAUUUAUUCAAAGUCGUUCCCUCUACUGCGGUCAGUUGGGUUGUCUACGAAGCUAUUCGCGAAUUAAUGACAGAUGCCUAA